AUGAUCCUCCGCAGCGCACUAAGGGCCGGUCGCGGCCUCAGGCGGGUUCGCCUGGUUCAGCUCAUUGUGGAGCACGGUGAGCCGUACCGAGCACCACACCGGUGUGCUACUGAUACCCGGGAUGUUGAAGAAUCAUCAGCUGUGCUGAAUUGGUGGGGGGUCACUCCAAUUGGUCACAGGUAUCAGUUGCGGGCUUACUCGGCUGCUCCUGCACGUGUUAGGGGUGAGAAACCCUUGGAUCGUGCUGAUGCGGCGGUAAUGGUAGAUGAGGAGGUCAAGCGAAUGAAGAAGAUGCGGGUGUUCUGGACCGCUCAGCAGACUUUCAUGGAGUACCUCCAUGUCACACGGGGCCUGAGCUUUUCGGAUGCUGAGCAUAUAAGCAAGCACUCACCUGCCUUUGUGAGCAAGCUGCUGAACCAGGUGAAGGAUGCUAUCAAGGACCCUGUGGAGGGGGUGAGGCAGUGUUCAGGUCAAAGGUAUUAUCCGAUCAACGAGUUUGAGCCAUUCUUUGAGAGCAUGGGCUUAAGGCCGAGUGAGUAUGAAUCCUUUCUGCCUCAGGAUCUCAUGUUUCUUUCUGAUGAUGAGACAUUGAUGGAGAACUACCAUGUUCUUUGCAAUUAUGGGGUUAUGCGCACUAAGAUAGGGGGGAUAUACAGGGAUGCUGGGGAGGUUUUCAGUUUUGGUGAUGGUGUGCUUGCAUCUAAGCUAAGAGCUAUUGAGGAUCUGGGGUUCAGUAAGACCACUGUGAUAAAACUUGUGACCUGUUGCCCUGCCGUAUUGACACGUGGCCCACAUGCUGAAUUGAAGAUCUUAAAGUGGCUAGAUGACAUUGGCAUUCAGAGAGACUGGAUUGGUCAAUUCUUAUCUGUAAAGAAGUCGUAUAAUUGGAGAAAGAUGGUUGAAGUUCCUCAAUUUUUUACUGAAUUGGGAUUUGAUAAGGAGGGUAUUGGUAAACUGAUCAGGCAACACCCAGAUUUCUUGUUGGAUGGUUCUGGAAAGGUACUAUUUAAGGCAGUUGCCAUCAUGCUAAAAGCAGGGUCUGGAAAAGAAGAUCUGUUUAAUCUUUUCAUGGACUUCCCAGAUGUACAGGCCAGGAGUUUCGCAAGGAACAUACAGAGUGUUAUACUAUUCUUAACUAACAUUGAUGUAAGCGAGGAGGAUAUUAAGAAGUUUGUGGUAGCAAAUGCAUCAAUGCUUGGUUCUGCUCGAGUGAAGAAGGCAAACAGUAUUCUUACAUAUCUCAAUGUCGGGAAGAAGCGUUUGUGGAAGAUUAUAAUGGAAGAGCCACGUGAACUGAUGAAAUAUGCAUUAGGGUUAAAGGUCAACCGCCUACCGCCUUGUGACAGGACUGAGAAAUCACUGAAGGAGAAGGUGAAAUUUUUGAAAAACAUAGGAUUUGAGGAAGGCUCUGAUGAUAUGAAUAAGGCAGUGAAAGCUUUCCGUGGUAAGGGUGAUGAGCUACAAGACCGGUUUGACUUUCUGGUGAAGACUGGAUUUGAGCCCAAGGAUGCAGCGAACAUGAUCAAAGUAGCGCCGCAGGUUUUGAAUCAGAAGAUACAUGUCCUUGAGUCCAAGAUAUCAUUCCUUUUAAAUGAGACAUCAUAUCCUCUAAGCUCUCUGGUUGGAUACCCCGCGUUCUUGUCGUUCACUAUAGAGAGAACCAAAGCUAGGUUUCUAAUGUACAAUUGGCUGCAAGAAAGAGGGCUGGUUCCUCCUAAUUUUGCUCUGUCCACUUUAUUAGCUUGUUCAGAGAAGCGGUUUCUUAACUAUCUGGUCCUAAAACAUCACGAGGGUCCAGAAGUCUGGGAGAAGUUGAAGAAAGAGGUAGCUGCAGACAAAAACGUGCACUGUACUUCAGAUGAUUAG